GGACUGAUGGAGGGCGCCGGUCACAUCAACAUUGCGAUGAUAGAAGAUAUCGGCACCAAUGGGACGUCGCCAUCAAAGACGAGUCCGGACUUUAACAGAACCAACCAGGCUUGUGGUUCCACUGUCAGCUUCCACAGCAUCCAGUAUAAAGUCCAAAUGAGGAGCGGCUUCUUCUGCAAAGCCAAACCAAACCCAAAGGAGGUUCUGACGGACCUCAAUGGGAUUAUGAGGCCUGGCUUAAAUGCUAUUCUUGGACCAACUGGAAGUGGAAAAUCUUCUUUUUUGGAUAUUCUGGCCGGGAGAAAAGAUCCUUUGGGUUUAUUAGGGGAAGUUCUUAUCGACGAAGCGCCACAGCCUCCAAACUUCAAGUGUCUCUCUGGCUAUGUGGUCCAGGAAGAUGUAGUCAUGGGGACUCUCACCGUGAGGCAGAAUCUAAGUUUCUCUGCAGCGCUUCGGCUUCCCGCCUCUGUGCCACAACGUGAGAAAGAAGCUCGAGUCGAUCAUCUUCUUAGGGAGCUGUGUCUCACCAAAGUGGCCGACGCUAAGGUGGGCUCACAGCUGACCCGGGGAAUCUCAGGAGGUGAGAGAAAGAGAACCAGCAUUGGGAUGGAGCUGAUCAUCGAUCCUGCGGUUCUGUUUCUGGACGAACCGACCACAGGACUCGACGCCAGCACAGCCAACUCUGUCCUGCUGCUGCUCAAAAGGAUGGCCAGUCAUGGUCGAACUAUAAUCAUGUCCAUCCACCAGCCGCGCUACUCCAUCUACCGGCUGUUUGACACCCUGACUCUGUUGGUUGGUGGGAGAAUGGUGUACCAUGGACCAGCCUCCAACGCUUUGGACUACUUUACCAACAUUGGCUAUCCAUGUGAGCCUCACAACAACCCAGCCGACUUUUUCCUGGAUGUCAUAAAUGGAGACUUCACGAAGCCAACAAAAGUUCACGACACAGCAGAUCUGACUUUUGAGGAACUUGGUUCUACCAGGCAGAACAUCGAGGAACGCCUUGUAGAAGAGUUCAAGAACAGCAGCUACUCUAGCGAAACACGAGCCGAGUUAAGGCGUAUUCUCCAAACCAAGGAAUGCGCAUCACAGAUGAAGCCUUGCAGCAUCACCUACCACACCUCCUUCCUUCACCAACUCCAAUGGGUUUUUCAGAGAACCUUCCAGAACCUCAUGUUGACUCCACAAACGUCUGUGGCACAGGUGGGAGUCAACAUUUUUCUUGCCCUCGUUGUAGGAGCCAUUUUCUUUGCAGUCCAAGAUGAUCAGAGUGGUCUUCAAAACAGGAUGGGCGCGCUCUUCUUCAUCACGACCAACCAGUGUUUCAGCACCGUGUCUGCAGCCGAGCUCUUCAUCACAGAGAGGAACCUGUUUGUGCAUGAGUACAUCAGUGGCUACUACAGAGUAUCUGUGUACUUCCUAUCUAAAAUCCUCUGUGACCUCGCCAUGCGAACCGUCACCUCUGUUAUCUUCAGCGCCGUCGUCUACUUUUUGAUUGGGCUGAAGUCCACAGUGGAAGCUUUUCUCAUCUUCACGUUCACAGUGACCCUGGUGGCCUACACGGCCACAGCCAUGACCAUGGCCAUCUCAGCCGAUCAGAGCGUCGUCGCUCUCGCCAACAUCUUCAUGACCAUAACGUUUGUCUUCAUGAUGAUUUUCUCCGGUCUGCUGGUGAACCUUCCCAGCGUUGUGGACUGGCUGGCUUGGCUGAAGUACUUCAGCAUUCCUCGAUACGGCUUCGCAGCCUUGAAGAUCAACGAGUUUGUGGGUUUGAAUUUCUGCGAGGAGCCGCCGAUCCGGAACGCCAACAUGUCUCUGUGUUCCUCCAGGUGUACAGGUGAGCAGUACCUGGACUACCUGGGGAUAGAGUACAGCUCCUGGGGAUUGUGGGAAAACCACGUGGCGUUGACUGUUAUGAUGGUCGUGUUCCUCUUCGUCGCCUACCUGAAACUGCGCUACAUCAGGAAGUUCACCUGAAUUAAUCUGUAACAUUUUAAGAUUUAUACUCUCUUAUAUGUGAGCAUCCCUUUCCCAUAAAGAAACGAUAAAUAAAAUGCUUGGCUCUGUCCGAAUGUCUGGAAAGCUAGAAAUUACAUCUAAAGAGAAUAAUGUGUCAACAUGGAGGAAAACUACUCAUAAUUUAAACUAAACAAACACUGCUGGAUUUCACUCUGACCAGCAGAUUCUGGAAAAUCGUAGAUUUUAGGAGAUCUGCAUUUUUUCUGGCUAUAAAGUUCUGUGAAAAAAUAUUUGCAUCCUUUUCUGCUUCUGAUUUUUUUAUGUUGCAGUUUUUCUUUUUAAGAUAAUCAAUUGAAUAAUGACAGAGUGUUAUGAAAAAAAUGUAACUCUUAGAGUUGCUUUUGAACCAUAAUAAAUGGGACAUUGACCAACAUAUUUGAUGUGUAUUGAUGAUUUUGAUGAUGGAACUCCAUAAAAUGUAAUGUUACUGGUUUCUCUAAUUAGUGACUGUAUUGUGUUUUUAUGACUUUUAUUUUUGUGUUUUAUGAUGUAAAGCACUUUGAACUGCCUUGUUGCUAUAAAAAUAAACUUGAUUGAUUGACUGAUUGAAAUCACAAGAAUAAAGCCAUGAUACUGGACGAGAAUGAAGUGAUAUUAUAAGAAUAAAGUCAUAACAUUACGAGCAUAAAGUCGUAAUAAUACGAAAGUAAAGUCGUAUGACAAAUCCAUCACAUAAAGGCGAUGAAAAAUGAUAUGAUUAGCUUUCUAACUCCAGUUUGAAUCAUUCCAAAGAAAUAAAAGUUAUGAGCUUGUUGAACAUGAAUAAAAAUCAGAUUUUUUUUUCUUAUUAAGAUUUAUUUGGCAAUACAGAUUAAAAACAAAAAGAUUGUCAAUCAAGAGAGAUUUUAAGGCAAUAAAAAUAAAUGCACAGGCUUCCUGUGAACACUGUUCGCACUCCAAGUUGAAGUUUGUUUUAAGUUACAAUAUGUAUCAUAAUGAAAUCAUAAGCUGAUUAACUCAAAGCUUAGGUGAUGAGCAGAGGCUGAGUAAAUAUGACAUGUUGUGUAACUGUGAUGUGUGGCCGCAGCAUUAAAAAGCAGGUGGGUAUUUUCCAUACACAGAAUAUGCCAGCAGUUAAACUUCAUCAUCUUCUCUCAUCAGGAUAAAGCUUUUUGAUUGGACAAAUUCUGUCUCUAGCAAA